AGAAGUGAGCAACAGACGGACGUGAACGUGAACACGGAGCUGGACCAGCCCAAACCAGCCGGACUGAGCCGGAUCAGCUUCUGGCAUCUGACACUGGACAGAACCCUCCAGACGUCCCUGUCUCCUCUUCUACCGCUCUGGUUCCAGCCAUGGGGGACUGGUCCUACCUGUUGGCACUACUGGAUAAGGUCCAGUCUCACUCCACAGUGAUCGGGAAGAUCUGGAUGAGCGUCCUCUUCCUCUUCCGGAUCUUCAUCCUUGGUGCUGCCGUGGACAAAGUGUGGGGAGACGAGCUCUCUGAGUUCUCCUGUAACAACCUGGAACCAGGAUGUCGGCACGCCUGCUACAACUGGAUGUUCCCCAUCUCCUACCUGCAUUACUGGCUACUGCACAUCACCUUUGUGUCCACGCCCACCCUGGUGUACCUGGGCCACGCAGUGCACACUGUGCACAAAGAGAAGAGGCUGAUGCAGCAGAAGUACACCGACAGCAGAGGGAAGGUGAAGAUCACAGGAGUCCUCUUCAUCACUUACCUGUCCCAGCUGGUCAUCAAGAUCCUCCUGGAGCUCGCUUUUACUGUGGGUCAGUACUACAUCUUCGGCUCCAUUUUUGUGGUUUCCUAUUUCCACUGCACUCAGACUCCACCGUGCGCCUUCAACGGAGCCGAGUGUUACAUAUCACGGCCCACGGAGAAGACCAUCUUUAUCAUCUUCAUGCUGGUGGUUUCAGGUGUUUCAAUGCUGCUCAGCAUUGUCGAGAUCUUCUAUUUGCUGUGCCAGAGAAACAGAGAACGCAGGAAGCGGCUCAGAGCUCAGCAUCAGCUGCUCAGCAUCCAGCAGAACCCGUCCAGCCAGCCGGGCUUCGCCAUGACGGUCCUCCAGACCCACACUUCCUGUCCAGCAGUGAAGAGAAGAGCAGCUGAAGAAUGAACCUCAUCAAAUACACCCAACAAAAAAAAAUGCUCUGACUUUUCAGGUGAAAUCUUAAAGUAAGGAGGAGGUGACAGUCAGGAGGUUCAGUUUGUGUGGAAAAAGAGCUUAAAACACAAUCAGGUAAAAAAAAACAAAAAAAAAACAGUUACCAGACAGACAUGUCACAAGUUGUUUGGACAUUAGUUUUAAUGUGAAUAAUGAAAAUAUAAAGUUUAAGGACUUGUUUUUGAACUUUAGAUUGAUUGUUUUGUGGAUUUAUUAACCUUCACAGUUUAAGAUAAGAUGAUUGUCACAGCUUUGACCUGACUUUUAUUGUGAAACUCCUCACUUCCUUUUUGUGCCUGCCUGUCCCUGAUUGGACUCCCCUGUUUUUACACCUGUCUGCCCUUUGCUGCUGAUUGACAGGUUAUUUUCAUUCAGAGCUGGUUUUUGGUUUUCAGACCUUGUUUUCUUGAAUUUUCUGAUUUCCUGAAUUUUUUAUUUCUGAUAUUUUUCAGUGAAACUGAUCAAACUGAGCAGUAAAAUGUUUCUGCUGGAGGGUGCUUUUAUUGUUUCAGUGAAAAGUCAGAAAAUAUAAAGUUUCCUAUCAGU